AUGACACCUUAUUCUUCACCAGUGAACAUGGCUGGAACUGUAGCUUUUCUGGGAGCUUUUUGGUUUUGCUACAUUCUAGCACUCUCCCACAUCCCAUGCAUUCUUUCAAACUCAAAUGGUUUUAGUUUAAAGCUCAUCCAUAGGGAUUCUCUAGAGUCUCCGUUUUACGCAGGAAAACUUACCAUCCUAGAAAAAUUUCGAAGAGAUCUUGAAAUUUCUAAAUCUCGAGCUUCUGAUUUGAUGUUAAUGAGAAAAAUUAGGAUUGGAAAUGCAACUUCUUUUCCAGAUACCAUCCGCCCUUUGCUCACUCGUCGUGUUGCCCUAUAUACAGUAGACAUAGACCUUGGUACCCCACCCAGGAAAGGAACCUUCAUUUUUGACACAGGUAGUUGGCUUACUUGGUCCCAAUGCAAACCUUGCAUCAACUGUUUCAAACAAAAAUAUCCUAUUUUUGAUCCUAGAACUUCUAGAUCCUUUAAAACACUUCCUCUUAAUCACAAUCUGUCUAAAUGGUUCAAACGUACUACUGAAGGGUGUGGAUAUUACGUACAGUAUUUAACUGGACAAUCAUCAAGAGGAAUUGGCUGUAUGGAGACUUUUACCUUUCAAUCCAACACCCGAGCCCCUGAGAGCAUAAGGGACAUAGUUUUUGGUUGCGGGUUUGAUAAUCGUGGCACUCUGAGCGCGGACAAUUCAAUCAGUGGCCUACUGGGAAUGGACAGAACUCCGACGUCAUUGGUACGCCAAUUAGGCAGUAGAAUCAUGCCUCGUUUUUCAUAUUGCUUGCCACCAAUUGACUCCUCUUUCAAAACUACAUUUCUGAGAUUUGGGAAUGACUCUGUUAUAAAAGGAGUACAGGUCCAAACAGCUCAAUUUCUACGAGGCACUGGCUACAUUCUGAAUCUAACUGGUAUUAGCAUUGCCGGACAACGAUUGAGGCUUCCAUGGGGGAGUUUCCGAAGAGGUUGCUUUGUGGACUCGGGUUCUUCGCUCAGUGUCAUAGAACAAAAAGCUUAUAGUGUUAUCCUAAAUGCAUUUAGGACACAUUUUGCUCGAUUUAAAAAUCUCACAAGAGUUACUAAUCUGCCUAGAGAUCUUUGCUACAAAUACCCUAGAGGUUUUAAGAGUUUUCCAAGCAUGACAUUUCAUUUUCAUGGAGGAGCCAACCAUGAAGUUGGAAUGACAGCAGUGUUUAGGUUUCUGGAAAAAAACACAUUCUGCCUUGAAUUGAUGGGGCAUCCAUUUACAACAAUUUUAGGGGCAUAUCAACAGCAGAAUGUACGGUUUAUAUAUGAUCUUGGCAAUGCAAAACUCUCAUUUGUUAGGGAGGACUGCACUAAGGAUAGAGCUUGA